GGCGGCGGGAGCGGGACCGCGGCGGGAGGGUGCCUCAAGGGCAGCAGCGCCCGGGACCUCCAAGCCCGGGUCCCCUGAGCCCCGCCCCGGUGAGGCCCCUGCAGAGGGGUGGGGCCGCUCAGGAUUUUGGGCACUGCCCCAGCGCCCCGUGCCCAUCACAGGUGUGGCGGGGACCCACCUGGUGGGGGCAGCAGCCAUGGCAUCCUUGGGUCAUCACCACGGCAGGCAGAAGGAGGAGGACAAGGUACCAGUGGCAGUGACAGCCACGAUGUCCCUGUGGGGCCACCCUGGUGAGGAGGAGGAGGUGGCAGCGGCCAUGAUGUCCCCGGGUUGCCAGCACGGUGGGGAAAAGGACGAGGCAGUGGCACUGAUGGCGGUGGCAGCCACAGCGUCCUCAGGGGACGCUGGUGAGGUGACCAUUGCAGCAACGUCUCCACGGUGUCACCCCAGUGAGGAGCAGGAGGAGGAAGACGUGGCGGUGACGGCGGCAGUUACGUCCCUGAGGUGUCACCCCAGUGAGGAGCAGGAAGAGGUGACAGCAGCAGAGGCCACACUGGCCCCAGACAGGCGGCACAGCACAGAUGAGGACACGGCGGCAGUGACAGUAGUGACGCCCCCAGAGUGUCACCCCAGUGAGGAGCAGGAAGAGAUGACAGAAGCAGUGACGUCCUCGGAGUGUCCCCCUGUUGGAGUUGAAGAGGAGGUGACAGUGGGGGUGACAUCGUUGGGGCGUCACCCCAGUGAGGAGGAGGAGGUGGGAGCGGUGACAUCCCCAGGAUGUCCCCCCACUGGGGAUGAGGAGGAGGAGGUGACAGCAGCAGUGACAUCCCUGGGGUGUUCCCCUGUUGGGGAUGAGGAGGAGGAGGAGGAAACGCAGGCCGUGACGUCCCCAGGGUGUGUCCCUGCUGGGGACGAGGAGGAGGAGGUGACAGCAGCAGUGACAGCGGCAGUGGCCACAUCAGCCCUGGGUGGGCGGCGCGGGGCGGACGAGGAUGUGGCAGCUGCGGGCUGGCGGGCGCGGCGCAAACACGUGUUCGUGCUCAGCGAGGCCGGGAAGCCCAUCUACUCCCGGCACGGCAACGAGGAGGCGCUGGCAGCCACCAUGGGUGUCAUGAUGGCCCUUGUGUCCUUCAUCCAGAGCGGCGGCAAUGCCAUCCGCGCCAUCUGCUCUGAGGACCGUACGCUGGUGUUCGAGCAGCGGGGGCCGCUGCUGCUGGUGUCGGUGUCUCGCACGCGGCAGUCGGCGGCGCAGCUGCGGCGGGAGCUGGCGUUCGUGCAUGAGCAGAUCCUGUCGCUGCUGACGCGCGGGGGCAUCGCCCGCGUCUUCGCGCGGCGCCGCGGCUUUGACCUGCGCCGGCUGCUGGCAGGCGCCGAGGCCGUGCUGGACCGGCUGCUCGGCGGGGCUGCGGCGGACGGGCGGCUGCUCCUGGGGGCCGCGCGCUGCCUGCCCCUGCCCGGGGGGCUGCGCCGGGCCGUGUCCGGGGCCCUGCGCCGUGCCGCCGCCGCCGCCCGCCCCGCGCCCGCCCUGGCCGUGCUGGCAGCCCACGGGCGCCUGGUGACGGCGGCACGGCAGCGGGCGCUGGCCGAGGGCGGGCGGCUCUGUGCCAGCGACCUGCACCUGCUCCUCAACCUGCUGGGCGGCGGGGCGGGUGCGGGCGAGGUGUGGACCCCCGUGUGCCUGCCCCGCUUCAACCCCGACGGCUACUUCUACGCGUACGCAGCGCGGCUGGGCGAGGAGGAGGAGGAGGGCGUGACGCUGAUCCUGCUGUCCACGGAGCGCGAGGGCUUCUACGCGGCGGCCGCGUGCCGGCGGCAGCUGGAGGACACGCUGCGGGUGCAGGGCUGGCUGGCGGAGCUCGGCGCGGCCGUGCAGGGGGGCGCGGGGUACGGCCCCUCCCGCGCCGGCGCCCCCGAGCUCCGGCACUUCCUCUACAAGCCCUUGGAGGGGCCCGAGGAGAUGCAGCAACUGCCGCAGUUCACCAGCCCCGAGCUGGAGGAGCCCUACACCAGCGAGGAGGAGCAGCACCGGCUCUUCGACCUGUACCACUACCUACACAGCCGCGUGCACAGCCCCCAGCGGCCCCUGCGCCUGCUCUACCACGUGGCCGAGAAGGAAACGCUCCUGGCCUGGGUGACCAGCAAAUUCGAGCUGUACAGCUGCUUCAGCCCACUGGUGACGAAGGCAGGAGCCAUCGCGGUGCUGACCAAGCUGCUGCGCUGGCUCAAGAAGGAGGAGGACUGGCUGUUCAUCCGCUACCCGGCGCCGUUCUGCGCUGCGCCCGCGCGCCCCGAGGGGGCCGAGCCCGAGGGCUGACAAUAAACACUGAGACCAC